CAUGCUGAUGAUGAUACCACAAAAGCAUUCCUGCAGCCAGGACUAACUUUUUCUAAAUCAGUUUGCUUCGCUGUAUUUUCCCAUCAUAAAUGUAAAUCGAUUUUUCUAAUCCGUACAUUUCCAAUGAGAAUGAAUGACGGAACGAGCCUGGUAAUCCGAAAACAAGCUGCCUACAGUGGUAAUAAUUUUACACACAAUGCGUUUUCAGUCGGCAUUCCCAUCGACAAAUGUGCGACAAGAAGCAUGAUGAAACCUGACAGGUUUAUCAUUGCCUGUCACGUCCUCGUGCGCUACGAUUGUGGUGGAUCGUUUAGUAGGGGGCGGCUGUUAUCAAAGAGAGUGGAGCAGACGCUCAUGACCGCUGCACGUACUGCUAUAUCUAUCUUGAAUCAAAGUGUACUCACGCAUAUUCUGUUGGAAGUUCACAUUGCGUCCAGUCCGGCACCUAGGGCACGCUUAUUCUUAGACCGGGUUGAGUCCUUCACGACUCAGUUUCUCAAUGAGCAGAUCCUGCCCUGAAUUCCAAAAAGGAAAGUUGGAAUGGUGAACAAACCUUUAAGAAAACUUUAAAAGAUAGAGAAUGCCCCGCUCUUUCCUGGUGAAGAAGUAUUUCAGAAGCAAAAAGCCAAAUUACAGCGAACCUGAAUCCCAGAGUGACCUUGUCCUGUCGGAGAGGUCCCCUCUGGCUGAGCUGCAGACUGGGGCUAACAGUGCCUCUAUCGGCUUGGUGUGGAACCUCAACCUCCUGCCUGACCUCUUUGCCUGGGCAUCUUCCCCAUCCCCCUGCACCUCUCCCUGCCCCUCCCUUUGCCCCUCCCCCUCGGGGCCCCUGGACCUGAGCCCCAUCUCCAGGAGCGGCAGCGGGGGAGAGGAUGAGGGGCGCACAUCAGACCCCUGCAGCCCCGAGCCCACCGGCCACUACUGCUGUCCCCACUGCAACAGGAGCUACAGUGCCCCCGCCGCCUUGUCCCGCCACCGGCUGUCCCACCCCCCAAUCCCCCGGCCAACCUUCUGCUGCAAGCACUGCCCCAAACAGUACGGCAGCCUGGGUGCACUAAAGAUGCACAUCCGCUCCCACACCCUGCCCUGCGUUUGCCCUACCUGCGGCAAGGCCUUCUCCCGGCCCUGGCUCCUGCGCGGACACAUGCGCACGCACACGGGUGAGCGCCCGUUCUCCUGCCCCCACUGUGAGCGAGCCUUCGCAGACCGCUCUAAUCUGCGGGCACACCUGCAGACGCAUGCGCAGGUGAAGCGGUACCACUGCAGUGCCUGCCCUCGCAGUUUCGGCCGCAUGUCCCUGCUGCACAAGCACAGCCUGGCUGGCUGCGGCCCCGGCCCCUGACCUUUCAACACAAGCACAGCCUGGCUGGCUGCAGCCCCGGCCCCUGACCUUUCAACACAAGCACAGCCUGGCUGGCUG